AUGAAGUUAACAAUCUGUCAAAUUGUUAAAUUAUUUCUGCUGCUGACAGCCGCCUUCUCCUUUCACAAUUCUCCCACUAAAUACGGACGUGGUUUGUCCAAAGGGCUGCUCGUCCUUGCCAUACCAGUAGACGACGAGGACGCUGCAGUGGUUUUCCAGCCAACUAGUGAGUUGGCAACGUCUUCAGCAGCAGUGACAACAACAACAACAACAGCAACCACACUCAAGUUAGAGCUAAGAACUACGUCAGCGACUGUCAUUUCCUCGGCUGCAUGGACUUCCACAACGGCAGCCAAGCCACUGACGUCGACGACGAGGACGACGCCUACGCCCAGCAAUGCGCCAGCGCGUGAAGGUGAGCGUCAGAAACGUCAGAAGCAAAAAUCCGCAACACGCCAGAAAUACCAACAUCAGCAACAAGGACAGCAAGAGCCGCUGCCGCUGCCGCUGCCCAGCAAAUCCGCACAGGAUACGUCAACAUUUCACCGUGUGGGUGUUUUAAUACCUCCAGCCCUCCUCAAUGAUAAAAUGCAUGUGCAACAGGGCUUCCAGCACUUUGUGGACUAUUUUCACGUACACCUGGAUAAUGUGACCGUUGAGUUCCUGCCCGAUGUCGAUUUAAGUGGCUUCAUUAAAUUACUCCAGCUACCCAAAUACACGACCGUUGUAAAGACUUUAAAUGCGGGCAUUAAUGUAGACACCGGGCUCAAUGACGCCGCUGACGAGCAUGGCAGUGUUGCGGCGGAUGCUGGAGGAAUUGCCCGAAAUGGGUGGAAUGGGAGGGACACUGACCCUAACCAGCGAGUUACUUUGCGUCCAAAGGCAAAUGCUAAAGAGCCACGUCAGCAGAAACUGAAAGAGAAACAAAACCAGAACCAGAACCAGCAAGCGACGGACAAACUGAAACAGUUGUCAGCAGACGCUUUAUCAACAUCAUCGCAUCCACAACAACAACAACAACAACAACAUGAAGAAGAAGAACAGCAGCAAGAGGAAGAGCAACAGUCGAAGCUGUUGGACGCCCGCAGCGUGGGUCACUGUCAGCUGGCGGAGCAACUGGCUCAUGAUUAUAAUAAACGCGUCAUCCUAUGGCCAUGUCCGCGCAUGAAAAUCUCCAGCAAUUUUCUGCCAUCGUUUGAAGCCAUUUCCUUCGCCGUACAGAGCAUUGCCAGCAAGUUGAAUUGGACCCAGGUUGACAUCUAUGUGGGUGACGACAAUUGGGGCCUACCACUGGCCAUAGCCGCCAACUUGCAUAUACCAUAUCGUAUCGCAAUUGGUGACACGAUACGUGACCUGCAUGGACAGGAUAAGCCCGGCCAAGCAAUUAUUAUCACAGCGCCUCUGAACGAUGGCAGUACAUUGCGUUUGCUGAACAACACCAAAUGGGUCGCCCAACAGCCACCCGGACAGCAACAACAGCAGCACAUCAAAGUGUUGCUCAUCGAUAUUGUGGCGAGCUCAUUGAAUGCCGAGCAUCGCUUCUACAAAUAUUUGGCACGCAUCAAUGCGGCCGAUGCCACAGCCGCCAAUGGCUUUGUGAAUGGUGGUGGUGCUGGUGGUGCUGGCCUGGCUACCAGCAAUUUGCUGGUGUUGACCAUGCUAAGCGAUAAGUACCGACACUUUUUGAAUGAGCCGCACGGUGGCAUGGCAGCCGUACAGAACUUUCGACAACGCCAACGAACUAUGCCAACCACCACGAACAACAACAAUAAAAAUGCCACAUGGACAUUUCACUGCAACGCCACACCGUCGAAUGCAAUUGAAAAGUUGCGUCCAUUCAUCGACUACUUCAGCUUAUACGACUUCCUCAUCGCCCACACAUCCUACAUGGCCUCCUUCCAUGGCAAUGCGUCGAAAGUCGCUGCGGUUGCCAAAUACGACUUUAUAGUGCUCGAUAUUGUGCGCAGCAUGGCCCUGAAUGGCAGUUACGGUCCAUUUAAGUGGCGUCCACUGUUGAUUCUCGAACAGCAUGAGCUGAAUGGUCGCACCUAUAUAACACACUCCAUACAGCCGGGCUACGACGAUUGGUUGCUGGUUAGCAGUGUUCAAUUGUGGCACUGUGGCGCCAUCUGCUGGACCAUUGUGGCCAUCUGUGUCGGAUUGCUUCUCAUCAUUGUUGCAGCCAGUGUGGCCGCAGGCAUUGCUAUGAGAAACUACUUGCUACGCCAACGCCUCUCAAAGGGGCCCAACAAGAUUGUGCUCUCGGCGAGUGACUUUGUAUUUCCCGUCGAUUCGCGGCGUGUGGAUGAGGGCAUUGAGGCUAUGCUCUGCUGCUGGCUGCAGCAAUUGCAGGAAUUCGGCGGUCCCGAGGUGGAUAAGCCGGACUUACUGAAGGGCUCAAUAGGCUCACUGAAGAAUCUAGGAUUUGUUAUUCCGGGAGCACCGGCAGUUACCAGCAACGCAGCCACCAGCAGCACCACCACCACCGCCGUAGCCACGACCACAGUGAAGGUGGCUGGAAAGAGCGCCUCAGCCGCUGGCAGCUUGGCACGCCAUAAGCCCGCUCACCUGGAUAUGCGGGCGCGGUAUAAUGGGGAUUUGGUGCAGCUAAAGGAAAUACCGAUGAACGGUUCCACGGAGUUGCGGUCAAAGGCAAUGGACUUAUUGGUGAUAGCACACGGACUACGACAUGAGAACAUAAAUCCUUUAAUUGGCUGGCUAUCGGAUCCCAAUCGCACAGCCAUGGUUUUCGAUUAUUGCUCACGUGGCUCUCUGCAGGAUGUUCUCAUUAUGGACGAAAUCAAAUUGGAUUGGUCCUUCCGUCUAAGCCUGCUGACGGAUUUGGUGCGUGGCAUGCGUUAUCUGCACGCCUCGCCCCUGCGGGUUCAUGGCACUCUGACUUCUCGGAAUUGCGUCGUGGACGCGCGCUGGGUUCUCAAAAUCACCGACUACGGUCUGACCUCCUUCUAUGAGUCCCAGUGUCUACCACCAGUGCCGCGUAGCGCCAAAGAGCUGCUCUGGACGGCCCCAGAGCUACUCAGAACCAUGAAGUCUCAGCAACAACAUCAUCACCACCAUAGCCGAGUCAUGCUGGGCACUCAGCUGGGCGAUGUCUACUCCUUUGGCAUCAUUAUGCAGGAGGUUGUGGUUCGCGGCGAACCAUACUGCAUGCUCUCGCUCUCGCCUGAAGAAAUUAUUGCCAAAAUCAAGAAACCACCUCCACUGAUACGCCCUUCGGUAUCAAAAGGUGCUGCGCCCCCGGAAGCCAUCAACAUCAUGCGUCAAUGUUGGGCCGAACAGCCGGAAAUGCGACCCGAUUUCAAUUCCGUUUACGAGCGCUUUAAGAUGCUCAAUCAUGGCCGCAAGGUCAAUUUUGUGGACACAAUGUUUCAAAUGCUGGAGAAAUACUCCAACAAUUUAGAGGAACUCAUACGCGAGCGCACCGAACAAUUGGACAUUGAAAGAAAGAAGACUGAGCAGCUUUUAAAUCGCAUGUUGCCAAGCUCCGUUGCCGAAAAACUAAAAAUGGGCUUGGCUGUGGAUCCCGAGGAGUUUUCCGAUGUGACCAUCUACUUUAGCGACAUUGUUGGUUUUACAACAAUUGCCGCACACUGCAGUCCCGUGCAGGUGGUGGACCUACUGAACGAUCUCUAUACCAUAUUCGAUGCCACCAUUAACGCCUAUAAUGUGUAUAAGGUCGAAACUAUUGGCGACGCCUAUAUGGUGGUCAGUGGCGUGCCAGUCAAAAUUCCCGAUCACGCCGAGCAGAUCGCUACCAUGGCCUUGGAUCUGCUGCAUCAGAGUGGACGCUUCAAUGUGAAGCAUUUGCCGGGAGUGCCGCUCCAACUGCGCAUCGGACUACAUACGGGUCCUUGCUGUGCUGGAGUGGUGGGUCUGACCAUGCCUCGAUAUUGUCUGUUUGGGGACACCGUGAAUACGGCAUCUAGAAUGGAGUCGACAGGCUCCUCGUGGCGCAUUCACAUGUCGCAGGAGACGCGGGAUCGUCUAGAGGCUCGCGGUGGUUAUGCCAUUGAGCCGCGCGGCUUGAUUGACAUCAAGGGCAAGGGCAUGAUGAACACCUUCUGGCUCUUGGGCAAAAAAGGCUUUGAUAAACAGCUGCCUGCCCCACCGCCAAUUGGGGAGUCACAUGGACUGGAUGAGUCGCUAAUUCGCAACUCCAUAACGCUUAAGGCGCAGGCCAAUAAAUCACGUACGAGCACCAAUCCCUCCUCCUCACAAUCCUCGUCGCUCGCCGGCGAGUCUGUGGAGGUGAAAGUUGAAAUAACGCCACCGACCAAUGUAGACGUCUGCUCCAGCAAUUUCCCCAAUUCCUACUCAUUAGAUUCGAAUUCGACAAACACGAUCAGUCCGAAUCCUACGCUCUGUCCAGAGUUUCCUACGAAAACGCCAAGCACGAGUCCGCAGUCGCGAAAACUUUCCGAACUGACGCCCGACAAUCUCCUCAAUCCGAACAGUUUUAAUCGUUUGCCCAACUCGACGGGUGGUUCCAGCUCCCGUCUGUAUAAGAAAAUCGAGGAGAUUAUGGAUCUCAGCUCCCCGUAUAACCACUACAAAUGCCUCAGUCCCAGCGAAAGCAAUCUGACGCAAUUCUACGAUGGCAAGUACCUCUAUAGUAGUGCCGGCGGUGCUGGCAGUGGCGCCAACGGACCGGGCAGCGGAGGUUGCUCCCACAGCGGCAGUACGGCUAAGUUUGAUAGCAAGCCCGGCUCCAGUCGUCUGCUGAGACGUCAAUUCAGUCUCGAUCGGGAUGAUCAGCAAUCGAAGCUGGAGCAGCAUCAUCAGACCUCACUGCAGGCCAACUACCAGGCUUUGGUGCAUAAUGCAACGAAGUCGUCGACGCUAGACAUACCCAUGAUUCAUGAAACAGUGCGCAGUCCGAAGACAACGUUGACGCGCGCCCACAAACAGAACUCUACCUCGAUCACGCAGGAUCUGGAGAAGAUUGAAGAGAUACCGCUAUCGCCAGCAUCCUCGCAGCAUCACAGCAGUCUAGACAGCAAUCUAAAUCGCAGUCCCCCGUCAACACUUGAAGCGCAAUCGCCGCCGGUUCCUCCACCACUUGCCAUGAGCACGCGCCUCAGCGCCACCUCACCGCCCAUGCUCUCCGCACCCACUUCACCGGCACCGUCACGCACACUCAACGGUCUGCACGCCUUUCGCGCCACCAUGUCCCUCACCUCGGAGGCCUCGCCGCUGCCCCGCAAUGCCAAUCCGAAUGCGAACGCACCUCCCCCUCUUCCAGUAACCGUCAAUUCCAAUGCCAAUGCCAAUGCCAACAAUAAUGAGGAACCGGAGCAGAUGCAUCGGGCGCCAGAGCUGACAUUGAAUGUGGAGACCCUGCUGAGCAGAUAG